GGAUGAACAAAAGGAAAAGCAUCGUGGUUGAAGCAGAUUAUGGAUUUACCCCUGCCAUACACUUAAGCUUGACUUUUAAUGUUUCUUUGAGGCAAUCCGAUGCCACUGGUAGACCCCAUCACCAUGUCGACGCCAUCGACACCCGCGAAGGCGACGAGCAAGUCGACCCAAAACGCAGCCAAGGAUGCUUCACCACUACCAAAAGGCGGCAGCCCCGUCGAGAGCCCCGGCAAUAGCUCCUACAUAGCUGCGUCGAUACCUGCGCUGCAGCUGCAGAUAUUUGUUUUUCUCUGGAAGCGGUUGGUCGAUGACCCGGUGGCAACCAUGAGCCGUUUGAUCUUGCCCGCCAUGGCAUUGAUCCAGAUCUUCUACGCCGUUGUUCUUCUCCCCGUUGCAGGCUCAGGCAAACCGUCGCGGAAGCCGAGGCCAGGCGAGAAGAAGAAGGCUCACGGUGGGGAACCUAACAUUGCGCUGGCUACCCUACUCUCCCUUCUUCUCACCUUAAUCGCGACUCCGCCGAUUCAUGCCAUAAUGGUUCUGUUCGGCGCUCCGUUCCUCACACAUGCGCUACACACGUUCUUGUGUGCGAUGAACCUCUCGCUGCUGACCCUUUUUCCGCUUUUCUAUACCCGCGGUGCCGACGCCAGCGCCUGGCGUGCCCUGGCUGGACUCACUGCACCCAUUGACGAGAGUGUGGGAGGCCUUGUUGGAGCAUGCUUUGGCGCGUGGCUGGGAGCCGUGCCUAUCCCUCUUGAUUGGGACAGGGACUGGCAGCGUUGGCCUGUUACUGUGCUGACGGGUAUAUACGUGGGCUACGCGAUUGGGUCCUAUGGUGGGAGGACUCUGCUUAGGGUUAGGGGAUACAGCGUGAGGAAGUCUUGAAGGGUAAACCCGAGUGCGAUUGAUCCGCUGCUCCCAGUUGCAAAAUGCAGAUACGGGCUAUGGAGGAUGUUUCUAACCUACUAUGAGAUGCGUUCAAUUGUCCGCUUUAGUCGGGUUAGAAAGCCUUGAGGAAACACCCCCUGCAAAAUAUAUGUAUAUCUAUUUGUUUAAAAAGAGACCUUUGGAGCAGCAUUGUAUAAAAUCGAGAUAGAAGUGGCAACUAAAAAAUAUAAAAACUCAUCCUGG